GGGAGGUCAUUAUGAAGUGUGAGGUGGGGCAUUGUGUGCCACAUGCCUAGGCACCACCUGGGCCAGUGGGCUUCAGUCUGUAGGUGACUACAAAAGGAGGAGGAGCUCCGUCUGUUCUCUCUUCAGGCAGUUGUUGUGUCUCUCAGUGCUUGUUGGGUUCACAACCUAUUAAAUAAGUGGGCUGGUCUUCACCCUCACAGACAAGUCAGCUCAGGGGAAGCGGCAGGGUGCGGGCCUUGGCCUGCAGUCCCAUCCGGGGCCGGGGCCGGGUUGUAAGGUGGGCAGACGAGCAGCAGGCAAGACCAUCUCUGCAAGUGCAGCAUAGCCUUGGCCUAGGGCAGCUGGAGUGUGAGCCCAAGCUGUGAGCAGAGGCCCAGGUGGUGGCAGACAGUAGAGGCGUUCCAUGGGGAACAUACUGACCUGUUGUGUGUGCCCCAGGAUCAGCCCCGAGUUUGACCAGCAACAGGGGUCUGUGUGUCCCUCUGAAUCUGAGAUCUAUGAGGCAGGAGCUGGGGACAGGAUGGCAGGAGCUGGGGAUGGGGUGGCAGGAGCGCCCACUGUUGCUGCUGUGCAGCCUGCUGCGGUGACUGUUGAAGUUGGUGAGGACCUCCACAUGCACCACAUCCAUGACCGAGAGAUGCCUGAAGCUUUGGAGUUUAACCCUUCUGCCAAUCCAGGGGCAAGCACAAUAUUCCAGAGGAACUGUCAGACAGAUGCUUUGGAGUUUAACCCUUCUGCCAAUUCAGAGGCAAGCACAAUAUUCCAGAGGAACUCUCAAACAGAUGUUGUAGAAAUAAGAAGAAGCAAUUGUACAAACCAUGUAUCUACUGUGCGUUUCAGUCAACAAUACAGCUCAUCUUCGACAAUACUCCUUGAUGACAGCACAGCCAGCCAGCCUUAUCUUACAAUGACAAUAAUAUCAGAUGCAGAUGGAUCUUUGACCUUAUUUGAUGAACAGUUAUACUCAUUUACUGUUUCCACCAUGCACAUUACCCAGAUGAGAAAUGGAGGUGGGAGUUUUAGUAACGAUUCCUCCUCCAUUCCAUCGACUCCCAGCACCAGCCAGGAGGACCUUCAGAUCAAUGUUCCUCCCACUGCCAACACACCCACGCCCGUUCGCAAGCAGUCCAAGCACUGGUCCAAACUGUUUACAUCUAAGAAAGGGAGUGACCCAGACAAAGAGAACAAAGCCCGGGAGAGCCAUGCUGACACCAUCAGGAGCGGCAGAGCCAUCCCCAUUAAACAGGGCAUGCUCUUAAAGCUAAGUGGGAAAUGGCUGAAGAAAUGGAAAAAGAAAUAUGUCACCCUCUGUGACAAUGGCAUGCUCACCUAUUAUUCAAGCUUAGGUGAUUACAUGAAGAACAUUCAUAAAAAAGAGAUUGAUCUUCGAACAUGUACCAUCAAAGUCCCAGGAAAGAGGCCACCCCUAGCCACAUUGGCCUGCGUGCCCAUUUCCAGCUCUAAAAGCAAUGGCCUAUCCAAGGACAUGAACAGUCUAUGUACCUCAGCCAAUUCAGACACCGGGCUGAGUGACUCCAUAUGCUCCAGCCCCAAUAUCUCCAGCACCACCAGCCCCAAGCUCAGCCCACCCCCCUCUCCUCAUGCCAACAAAAGGAAACAUGGAAGGAAGAAAAGCACCAAAAACUUAAAAGACGAUGGCUUCUCCGGCACUGCUGAAGAACGAGAAGAAAACUUUAUCAUUGUGUCCCUCACUGGCCAAACGUGGCACUUUGAAGCCACGUCGUAUGAGAAGCGGGAUGCCUGGGUCCAAGCCAUCGAGAGCCAGAUCCUGGCCAGCCUGCAGUCAUGCGAGAGCAGCAAAAGCAAGUUCUGGCUAAUCAGCUAGAGGGAGGCCAUGGUCCUGCAGUCCAUCCGAAACAUUGGGAACUCCCACUGUGUGCACUGUGAGACCCAGAAUCCUAACUGGGCCAGUUUGAACUUGGGAGUCCUCAUGUGUAUUGAAUGCUCAGGGAUCCACUGUAAUCUUGGCACCCGCCUUUCCCGAGUCUGAUCUCUGGACUUGGAUGACUGGCCAGUCGAGCUCAUGCAGGUUUUGUCAUCUAUUGGCAAUGAGCUAGCCAACAGCAUCUGGCAAGAGAGCAGCCAGGGGCGGAUGAAACCCUCAGUAGACUCCACAAGGGAAGAGAAGGAAUGGUGGAACCGUGCCAAAUAUGAGCAGAAGCUCUUCCUGGCUCCAUUACCCUCCAGGGAGCUGUCCCUGGGCCAGCAUCUGCUGCAGGCCACCGCUGAUGAGGACCUGCGGACAGCCAUCCUACUACUGGCACAUGGCUCCUGGGAGUAGGUGAACGAGACCUGUGGGGAGGGAGACAGCUGCACGGCGCUCCAUCUGGCCUGCCGCAAGGGGAAUGUGGUCCUGGCGCAGCUCCUGAUCUGGUACGGGAUGGAUGUCAUGGCUGGAGAUGCCCACGAGAACACAGCGCUGGCCUACGCCCGGCAGGCCUCCAGCCAGGAGUGCAUCAAGGUCCGGCUGCAGUACAGCUGCCCCGACGAGCACGUGUAGUAUCUGUUUAAUUUUAUUUGACUGCCGUCUCCUUGGUGCAAAAACAAAAUGG